AUGGCCGACAGAACCGCAGGUCCUGGCGCCGAAGGCCAGGUAGAGAUUGACCUCUAUGAGGUGCUCUCCAUCGAAAAGACUGCGUCUAGCGACGAGAUCAAAAAGGCCUACCGCAAGGCCGCCCUCAAGUACCAUCCCGACAAGGUCCCUGAGGACCAGCGCGAGGCCUCCGAGGUCAAAUUCAAGGAGGUGACCCGCGCCUACGAGAUUCUCGCCGAUGAACAGAAGCGCCACCUCUACGACACACACGGCAUGGCUGCCUUUGACCCCUCGCGCGGCGGUCCCGGUGGCCCCGAAGCAGACCUCAACGACAUCCUCUCGCAAAUGUUUGGUUUCAACAUGGCUGGUGCCGGCGGCCCCGGCGGCCCCCGCCGCCCUCGCAAGGGCCCCGACGAGCAGCAGGAGUACAAGGUGACGCUCGAGGAGCUUUACCGCGGCAAGACGGUCAAGUUUGCCGCCAACAAGCAGGUACUCUGCGGCGGCUGCAAGGGCACUGGCGGCAAGGAGAAGGCCAAGGCCGAGCCGUGCUCGCGCUGCCGCGGUCAGGGCAUCGUUGAGGCCAUCCGCCAGAUCGGCCCCGGCAUGAUGCGCCGCGAGACGAUGCUCUGCGAUGCCUGUCACGGCGCUGGCAACGUUUUCAAGGAAAAGGACCGUUGCAAGAAGUGCAAGGGAAAGCGCACCGUCGAGGAGAAAAAGGUCCUCGAGCUCUAUAUCCCCCGCGGCUCCGUCCAGGGCGAGCGCAUCGUCCUCGAAGGCGAGGCUGACCAGUUCCCCGACCAAAUACCGGGUGACAUCAUCUUUACCCUCGCCGAGGAGCCCCACGAAGUCUUUUCGCGUCUCGGUAACGACUUGUCCGCCGAGCUCAAGAUUUCCCUCAGCGAGGCCCUUGGUGGCUUCAACCGCGUCGUGCUCGAGCACCUCGACGGCCGCGGCAUCUCCAUCGAGCGCAAGCAGGGACAGCUCCUGCGUCCCGGUGACUGCCUUCGUGUCCCCGGUGAAGGCAUGCCCUACAAGCGCGGCGAUGCCAAGGGUGACCUGUACCUGCUGGUUACCGUCGAGUUCCCCGAGAACGGCUUCCUCAAGGACCCCGCCGCCUACGAUGCCCUACUCAAGAUGCUGCCGCCGCCCCUCCCAGCUCCCAAGACGGAAGAAGUGGAUGAAGUCGAGUAUGACUCUGACGCUGACAUUGAAACCAUGGGCGAGAACUCGGAAGGCCCCCGCGGCGGCGGCGAAUGGCAAGACGAGGACGCUGAAGACGGUCAACCACAAUGCCAAGCCCAGUAA